GCUGUCAGUAAAGAAGCAGCAAUGGCCGUUGUGACUCGGUCUUCAGGUUUUAUUCUGUACUUCUUUUUAAAGUUUAAAUAAGUGUGGUUUGGAUAAAUGAAAUAAGAUGUAAAAUGCUGUGCUCUGUGGAGAGGCUGCUGGAGGACUUCAGGCUCUCAGCCGGAUCCGAACUCCGCCGUAAACUCAAGCAAAGCGAGGACCCGAAAACUGAGCUGCUGGCAGUGGUUGAAAGGCUGUGUGAGGGUCUGCUGCAGGAUCUGAAGGCGCUGCUGAACCUCACCGAGCAAGCCCCGCCCCCUGCCGCUCAGCUGGAGGUGAGCCUCCAAUCAGACGAUGCGCCCUGCCAGAGCAGUGGAUCUGGAAAGAGCCAAUCAGAGCAGAGCAGUGCAGCAGGCAGCAGCCGGACCUUCAGCUGCAGCGUCUGCAGCCGUGUCUUCUCCCGGUGGGGGAACCUGACCGCUCACCUGCGGACGCACAGCGGACUGCGGCCCUUCAGCUGCUCCGCCUGUGGGGCGGCAUUCUCGGCGCGCAGCAGCCUCACCGUACACCAGCGCACAGUGCACGGCCGGCAGCGGCCUCACCGUUGCGUUCAAUGCGGGAAAACAUUUGGCACCCGCAGCCACCUGAGGACGCACCUGUCUGCCGGGGGGGUUGCGUGUUCUGCCUGCGGGAGGGCAGUGGCGGCGAGAUGUUGCCUCCCGGAGCACCGGCGCAUCUGUCCCAGCGCCGUCAGCCUCAGCUGUGCAGACUGCGGGAAGACCUUCUCCAGACUGCGCCUGCUGUCUGUGCACCGCCGGCUGCACCUGAAGGAGAAACCCUUCCCCUGCCCCUCCUGCGGGAAAGGCUUCACCACACGCCGCAGCCUUAGCGUGCACCAACGCACUGUGCAUCAAGGACUCAGGCCGUUUCCCUGCAGCGUCUGCGGGAAGGGCUUUAGCCAGCGCAGCGGCCUCACCGCUCACCUGCGCAUGCACAGCGGCGAGCGGCCGCACGCCUGCACUCAGUGCGGGAAGCGUUUCUCGAGCAGCAGCGCGCUGUCCGUGCACCGCCGCAUGCACAGCGGCGAGAAGGCCUUCAGCUGCGAUGCCUGCGGGAAAAGCUUCAGCGUGUUGGUCAACCUGCGGCGCCACCGGCUCAUCCACUCGGGCCGCCGCUCCUUCAGCUGCGAGGUGUGCAGCCGCAGCUUCAGCCAGGCUGCACACUUGAAGACGCACCGCGCCGUGCACAGCAGCGACUGGCCGUUCAUCUGCAACGCCUGCGGGAAGGGCUUCCGGCAGCGGAGUGCGCUGCUGGCUCACGAGCGCAGCCACUCUGGCAUCAAACCGUUCGGCUGCAGCCAGUGCGGGAAGAGCUUCUCCUCGGCCGCGGCACUGAAACGCCACCAGCGCACUCACAGCGAUGGGGAGGCUCACGCCUGCAACGAGUGCGGGAAGAGCUUCAGCAGCGUCCACAGUCUGAAGACGCACCUGCAGCUGCACGGCGCCACCAAGCCGUUCUGCUGCGAAGUGUGCGACCGCAGCUACAGCUCGCUCAGCUACCUGCGGACGCACCGCCGCGUGCACUCGGAGGGGAAGCCCUUCAGCUGCUCAACCUGUCAGAAGACCUUCUCCACCAAAGGCAGCCUCAAGCUGCACCAGCGCACACACAGCGGCGAGAAGCCGUUCGUCUGCGAGGUCUGCGGGAAGAGCUUCAGUGUGUCGCAGAACCUCGUCCGACACAGGCGCACGCACAGCGGAGAGAAGCCGUACGAGUGCAGCGUCUGCAGGAAGAGCUUCAGCCAGAAGAACAACCUGCAGAGUCACCAGCUGAUUCACACAGGGGGGCGGCCGCUGCACUGCAGCGCCUGCAGCCGCAGCUUCACCUGCAAUCGCAGCCUGAGGGGGCACCGCUGCAGCCCCACAGCCAAUCACAUCGCUGCUGACCUCCUCACCUGACCUCGUCACUUGACCUCCUCACCUGACCUCCUCACCGGCCCCCAUCACCUGACCCCGUCACCUGACCUCUUCACCUGACCUCCUCACCUGACCCCGUCACCUGACCUCCUCACCUGACCCCGUCGCUCAGCUACCUGCGGACGCACCGCCGCGUGCACUCGGAGGGGAAGCCCUUCAGCUGCUCAACCUGUCAGAAGACCUUCUCCACCAAAGGCAGCCUCAAGCUGCACCAGCGCACACACAGCGGCGAGAAGCCGUUCGUCUGCGAGGUCUGCGGGAAGAGCUUCAGUGUGUCGCAGAACCUCGUCCGACACAGGCGCACGCACAGCGGAGAGAAGCCGUACGAGUGCAGCGUCUGCAGGAAGAGCUUCAGCCAGAAGAACAACCUGCAGAGUCACCAGCUGAUUCACACAGGGGGGCGGCCGCUGCACUGCAGCGCCUGCAGCCGCAGCUUCACCUGCAAUCGCAGCCUGAGGGGGCACCGCUGCAGCCCCACAGCCAAUCACAUCGCUGCUGACCUCCUCACCUGACCUCGUCACUUGACCUCCUCACCUGACCUCCUCACCGGCCCCCAUCACCUGACCCCGUCACCUGACCUCUUCACCUGACCUCCUCACCUGACCCCGUCACCUGACCUCCUCACCUGACCCCGUCACCUGACCUUCUCACCUGACCUCCUCACCUGACCCCAUCACCUGACCUCCUCACCUAACCCCGUCACCUGACCUCCUCACCUGACCUCCUCACCUGACCUCCUCACCUGACCUCCUCACCUGACCCCGUCACCUGACCUCCUCACCUGACCUCCUCACCUGACCCCGUCACCUGACCUCCUCACCUAACCCCGUCACCUGACCUCCUCACCUGACCUCCUCACCUCAUCAUGUUUUAGAUCGGAGGAUUUUUAUUCCUCGGAUGAAACUCUGAGUUUUCAGAUGUUUUAUUUUUGCAGCUCAUUCUGGGAUUUCUGAAAGCCGUGCAGCCUUUAGCUGACCCGGAGAUUUCUGAAAUGAAUCUUAGAUUAUCUUUGUAUUUAGUGCAGAACAGAUUACUUGGAGAUAAAAAGUGAGAUGAACACUGUGCAGUGUGUAUAAAAACCAUAAAGAAACUUCACUUUCUUUAA